UGAUUGGCGGCACGGCCUGAGCCUCCGCUCUCAUUGGCUUGGCCGCUGACGUCUUCUCCCCGCGACGCCCGUCUCGGCCGGCUCCUUGGGCGCCGCCAUAUUGCGCGACGAGGCCGGCGGGCGGGCGGGCGGGCGGAGGAGGGGGUGAGGGCCGCCGCGUCGCUCGCCAUGUCGGAGACCUACGACUUCCUCUUCAAGUUCCUGGUGAUCGGCAGCGCCGGCACCGGCAAGUCCUGCCUGCUGCACCAGUUCAUCGAGAGCAAGUUUAAGCAGGACUCCAACCACACCAUCGGGGUGGAAUUCGGGUCGAAGGUGGUGACCGUGGGCGGCAAAACGGUGAAGCUGCAGAUCUGGGACACGGCUGGGCAGGAGCGGUUCAGGUCUGUUACUAGAAGCUACUACAGAGGUGCAGCAGGGGCACUUUUGGUGUAUGACAUCACGAGCAGAGAGACCUACAAUGCCUUGACCAAUUGGCUAACUGAUGCCCGGACUCUGGCUAGCCUCAAUAUUGUAAUUAUUCUGUGCGGCAACAAGAAGGAUUUGGAUGCUGACCGGGAAGUUACUUUUCUGGAAGCUUCUCGUUUUGCUCAAGAGAAUGAGCUGAUGUUUCUCGAGACUAGUGCCUUGACUGGAGAAAAUGUAGAAGAAGCUUUUCUGAAAUGUGCACGGACCAUACUGAAUAAAAUCGAAUCAGGUGAGCUCGACCCGGAGAGGAUGGGCUCAGGGAUCCAGUACGGGGAUGCGUCCUUGCGGCAGCCACGGCAGCCACGGAGCAGCCAGGCACAGGCGCGGCAGCAGUGCACCUGCUAGGGCCCAGGUCCCCACCGGCUUGCCAGUGCUGGAACUCCGCUGCUCUGGGCCCAGGGCUAUGAGGAGCCUCUUUUUCCGCUUGGUUCUCCACAGCAACAGGCCUCAUGGGCUGAAGACCCUGCUGCACCCCCUGCUGUUGCUGCCACGGCCACUGCCGCUUCCUGCCCCUUGCCUCGCCUCCUGUCCUAAGGAGAAGGGUUGUGCGUUGGGCUCUCAGAUUCCCUAGCGGAAGGUUUGCACAAGUGGCCGUGGCCAGGCCCUGCACCCGUCCCCUGGCACACUGCUGCUCCCCCAAGGGUGGGGAGUGCCCCUAGAGGGUGUGGGGCCUUCUUGGCCCCUUCUGCGCUCCUGAGCUGCCUCCAGCUGAAUAGCAGCCAAUCCCUCUGAUUGGGAAGGAGUGUCUGUCCCUCCCAAGAUGCUCUCCUUUCUUUCUUCCCUCCAUAAGACCUUGACCUGUUUCACGUUGCACUGAACCUCAACCUGCUUGGAGAAGUCGGGGGAGCGGGGUUGCAGGCAGGUGGGAGCGCUGGUGUGGUCCCGGGCAAGGGGCUCUCCCCUCCAGGUUUGCUUGUGCAAGGUGGCAUUUCCAUGCCUUGUUCCGCUUUCCGGGCCCAUCUUAGGCUUGGCCAGUGCCUCUUUUCCUGGGGCCAGGCCAGGCCAGUGGGCAGGUUGGACGGGUUCUUGGGUUUUUGUGGCAGGGUAUUGAUGGAGAGAGAGCUGCUUCCUCUGGGCAGUUUUUCUGAGCUCUCUUCCUGGGUGGUUUACUCUGGGCUGGGUCCACAGCAAGGAAGCCACAGCGUCGGCAGAAGAACCCUGCCGCUCUGCUGGUGUGGGGAUAGUGACAGCCCCAUUUGGGUGAGCUUGGAUUCUCGCCUGCUUUCAACUAUGGCAAGAUGUCCGUAUCUCUAGAGCCUUUGACCAGACAAAAGUCCCACUGACUUCCAAAGAGCAAAGCCCUGAAUUUUGUCACAAGAAGUGGGGGGGGGGGGGGGAACCACCAGGUUAUGGAAUUGCCCCCAGUCCUUCAAUCCUGUGGCCAGUGCUGCGCGUGGUCCCUCAGCUCUGAGAAGGAUCACAACAGUUUCUCUUAACCCUCCAAUGGAGUCUGGCUCCCUCCCGCCCUCCCUCUUCUCGUGGGUAUUUCUUUCUCCCUGCGUGUUGAUCCACAUUUGCAGGGACCCUCAGGGGUCUGGUUUUGAGCCUGGGUCCAGGUGGUGGCAAGCCCAGGUGGGUUUGGAAGAGUUUGUUGGUCCUCCCUGGUUCACUGAGGAAGGUAGCGAAACUAAGGGUAGAGUUUUGCAGGGUUGACCUGGCAGUCCCUAUUAGCAGUUCCUGCCUUGCCAGAAGAAGAGGUUGGGCACUUUUGCCGCCUCCUUUCCCCUCCCUAGUUUUAAGGCCACAUAAUGGGAAGGUGGGAACCUGGAGGUGGGGUCUGCUUCUGCUUCCUGCUAGGAUGUAGGGAUCUGUGCUGCUCCUUGUGUAGUGUUUUGAUGGCUCUGGGAAGGUUUCGCUUCCUCUCCUUUUAGGUGUAACGUUUAUCUUUGUUAUUUAUUCUUUUGUGUCAAGGGCAGGAACAGGCCAGCUUUGCAGGUGGGGUCCCUGCUUUCAUUUGCCCACCUCAGCUACAUCCCUGGUUUGAUUCCCUUAAGCUUUGUAGGAGGAGGGGGAGUUCCUUCCAUCCAGAGUUGAACAGCUGACAGUUACACGCAGUUUAAAACUUAAAUCUUCUGGUUUAUUAUUAUUAUUUUUCUAUAAAUGCAAACAUUCCCUCCAACUUUAAGGCUGUGAAACUGAUACUUAUAUAUAAAAUGUUUUUCCCCCUUUUCCAAAUGUCAGAAUUGUGAUGCCUUUUUUUUUCUUUUUGAAGCAAUACAUGUAGUGUAACAAGCAGCAGAAGGGUCGAAGGCUACUCAAAUGUAGGGCAGGCUGCUAGCAGGAUCGGAAUAAGGGCUGGCGGUGGUGGAAGAUACCAGGCUGCCAUGGUUUCUAACCACGGCUGGUCUGCUUUGGGAAUCUCAUCAGCAGGACCUUCAGCUAACUGCUCUUCCCUUCCCCGUCAUGAGUGAAGUGGAUCAGGUGUAGGGUAGUGGGUAGGGCAGGGGUCUGUAGCUGUGGCAAUUGGAAGCCUUGUGGAUUUCAGCUCCCAGAAUUCUGCUGCAUCUCCAUCUGCAACCUCCUUUUAGAACCCUGUUCAGCCAUUGGUGGGAAGUACAGAAAACCCUCCCCUGCUUCUCCACCCAAAAGCUCCCUCCUUCCCUUCACUCGGGCGAUGGAUCUUUCUCUCUUGUGGACCGCUUGGUUGUCAUAAAGCCGUCUGCCAAAUGCCCCCCAUGCUUGUGUGCAAGGUCCAAGUGACUUUUUAAUUUUUCCAAAGAUGGCUGAACCCCCAAUCUGUCACCCCCAGAUGAUGGGAGGGGCGAGCUCUGCAGUUUGCCUUAAUGGAGGCUCUAACGGACCGAGAGGCAAAAGAACUCCAAGGGAGAAACUGGCAUCAUUUUUCAUGGUGUGAAAAACAUGACAGGAGAGUUGUCAAAACUCUGUUACUCUCAUAAGCUGAGCCUGUCCUUUACUGUAGAGAGGGAGGGAUAAGGAGGCACUGGAUCAUCCCCGAUUCUCCUGUCUUCAUUGUAGACAAAUCCUAUAACCCUUUAAUAACAAAUCAGCAUUGUAACAAGAAGUCAUCAACUGAGGACAUAUAUGCAAUAGCAAUAGCACUUAAGAGUUCUAUACCGCUUCACAGGGCUUUACAGCCCUCUCUAAGCGGUUUACAGAGUCAGCAAUCCGGCUCCUCAUUUUACCCAC